CUAGUGAAAGCCAAUAGUUUCUUGAUGUUUAGCUUAGGAAAUUAAAUUCACUUCACAUGGAAUGUUGCCGGAAUCAAACAGUUUUGUUCCGAGUCCCAUUAAGAUAUACAAGGGGUCCGAAAGAGAAGGAUGGCCGUCUGUGUCGCUGUUAUUGUUCAGGUCUCAGGCUGAAGGAUCAUAAUCUGACAUUCUUGUCUCUCCAGGCUGAGGUGAUUAUGAAUUACCACGUAGGAGAGACCGUGUUAUCCAUCCAGAAAACCACUCUGAUCCCCGGAGGCUCCGAGUCCAUGGUCUACACCACGCUGUCCGGAGGCAUCGGCAUUCUGGUCCCGUUCACGUCCCAUGAGGACCAUGACUUCUUCCAGCAUUUAGAGAUGCACAUGCGCUCUGAGUUUCCCCCACUGUGCGGCAGAGACCACCUCAGCUUCAGAUCCUAUUACUUCCCAGUCAAGAAUGUGAUUGACGGAGAUCUGUGUGAGCAGUUUAACAGCAUGGAUCCUCACAAGCAGAAAAGUGUGGCGGAGGAGCUGGACAGAACACCGCCCGAGGUGUCUAAGAAACUGGAGGACAUUCGUACUCGCUACGCCUUCUAAUCGUACACCCUCAUGCAGCAGAGCUGGACACACACACACACACACACACACACACACACACACACACACACACACACACACACACACACACACACACACACACACACACACACACACACACACACACACACACACACACACACACACCUCCUUCAGUACCCCAGUGUGCCCAGGUUCAGGAAACCAAUUGAUGGAUUGUUAUAUGUGGGCAGACACACACACACACACACACACCUUAUUACGCAGAAACAAACCGCAAGACGUCACAUGGUUUUGAUUCCCGUACAUUGCAAGUCACACACAGCUCAUCCUUGCAACGCAAACACCCGCAAUUAAAACUAUGAGUGCGCAAAAUUUCAGUAUUGCCGUCAUUACCUGGAAACAUGGCAGGAAGUCUCGGGCCAGUUCAGCCCUCUUGCAUUGCUAGACUGUUAAAUUACCUUGAUUCAGACAAACAGCAGUUGGAACAUUCUCAUCACACUCAGUCAUAAGCGUUGUUCACACACAGAUGUGUGAACAGAAACUGAGGAGCAACUGUCAUCUGCACCAAAAUAAUUGUAAGCGCAUACAUUUUAUUUAAAUGCCAAGCAGAGAAGUCUAGUUAGGGACACAAUGUGUAGAGAGGGAUUGUCACUCUGAAAUCUAAGAUUUUUUUUGUCUGUUAUUCAGCACGACGGUUUGUUUGUGUCCUUUAAUCUCAGCUGAAUGAAACAUGUUUUUGUAUGGCAAGGUCUUCUUUUAUGUGUAUUGAUUAGAAUUAUGCCAUGAUGCAUAUACCAUAGUCCAUGAGGGCAUCAUUAAAUCUUGCUUAGCCCUUCGCCCUACCUGUCUGUUUGAUGACAUGUCGGCCUCUUUAAAGCAUAUUGCUUACUUGCAACUGGGAACCAAACAGAAGCCAGCGUCUGACCCACGUUUGGAGAAGUGUUGCCAUACUCUGGCAUUAGACGUCGGCCGGACUCAGACUAAAUAAGUGGGUGGAAGAACACCGAAGGUUUGCACUGGGUGUUGUUCUUCUCAGUCCUGUAAAUUCCCAACCUCAGCCACAGGCUCAGACAUAGCAUUCCUCAGUAGUCACUGAAUUUAGGGGUUUGUGGGAUGGGGACAGUGGUCUGUUUUUUGUAAAUAAAGUUGUUGUUUUUUGUGCUUUUAUAAAA